AUGGCUAACCGAGAACCAUUGACGAUCACCAAAUACGCGGUUCACAUCGGUGUCAGUUUCGCAGAACGUCGUUACGCCGUUGCGCUUACGCCAACGGAUUUUACAAUGAACUCGGAGCGUACCGGACGGUCUACGGAGGACGGGGACGGCCGCCGUCGCCACGGCCCGGCUGGAGGUAAAAAAUAUUUUGUUCCGACCCAUGGCCGCGUCGUCCGAUUUAAUCGUUAACCCCGAUUAGUUCGGUACCGUCUCGGGCGGAUCGUUUGAGCGCCCGCUGAGCGUUAUCGUCGCGGAACAUUGUCCGGAACAGCCGUUAUCUUACGUCAUUUGUCGGGUGUUGUUGUAUCCAAUCCGUUUCUACCGGACCGGCCGACUCCGGUAACGGCUUUCGCCACAGGCGACUGUAAUGCCGACACCGGCGCCGAUCGCACACCGACCGCCGAUUUACAACCAAAGAAACGCGGACGCUUCGCGGCUAAUAUGGCCGCCUACCUACACGGACCUCUUCCCGACAACGUUACCAAAAAAACAAAAAACGCAACCCGAUAUCGUCGUCAAAAACACGCCGAUCGGUAUUUUAAAACACUUAGCCAAUUCCACUGCCGAAAAUCUGGCCGAUUAGAAUCGCAAAACGCGUACCAACUCAUCCCGAAAUCGCAACCCCCCCUCCAACCCUCCUCUUCGAAUACCGAUACUCGCAAUCCCGAUUUCACCGCCAAAAACACGCGUGCCGGAAUCUUAAACCGCUUGCCGAUUCCGUCCGGCGAAACGUCGAAACGUCCAUAACGAAUUCUCGCCAAUCUGUGUUUCGUUGUUUUGAUAUAAAAUGUGUGUAACGAUACACCUCUGCGUUCAACGACCCGUUUCAACUAGGUCCUAAAAUGUAAGUACUAUCUGUCGAUGGCAAAUCUGUUUUAUACGUGUUUUGUUUC